UAUACGCACGCCAGUUCUCGUUUGAACGGUGUCUAUUGAGGUUGUCCGCAGCUAGCUUGCGCGCAAAGUUUACAGCCGCGAAAGGGUUUUCCUUUGUCCCGAUCUUCGAGGACCUUGCCCUCGUAUUAUGUUUCCGCGCGAGAACAGCGAUCAACCUCGGCCUAUUGAGGAGCCGGACCUAAACCAGCGUGCAAAGUCACCUAGGAAUUUCCGUGAUUGCCCAAAAUUUUGUUACGGUUAUCCCGCGAAACGUUUACGUCGGGCAAUUUGAAAAUUUAAGUUAACUCGUGAACAAAGUUUAGAGUGGACUGGAGGACACUCGCAGUUUGUGUUGUGUGUUAACUACGGAGUACAUAAAGACUGAAAGCAUCAUGUCUACUGGCAAACGACUAGCCAAGCGCUCUAUCAUAGGGACGCGAGUUGCGGCUUUGAGGGAAGAUGAACUGUACUAUUCUGGUAUGAUCCAGGCUGUUAAAACACCCGCACCCUUUCCAGAAAAUAACAAUUCCAUCAACCUGACACCUAACACCCGUUAUACCGUUCGCUUCGAUGGUGGUAAAGUAACACGCGAGUAUCGCGACGCAGAGCUCAUCGGGCCCGGUUUCCGUGGUUUGGCCGGUGUUCGUCUCCGGCCUGGACAGCGCGUCUUCCUCACGUACAACGGUCGCGAGGUCCGAGCCGAUGUAUUGGAGCACGAUCACCAGACCGACGAGCUGAGAGUCCAAGUUCUAACGCCCGGUACCGAGGUGCCGAUAGAGCUGAGAAAGAGAUUGGAAGAGAUAAGGCUGUUGGAGUCUCGUAAGUCUGCAAGGCUCGCUGACGUAGACACGGACUUCGCAAGACUUGCUGACAUGGCUGGCGAUCGCCGCCGAGCCUCCGCUACUAUCGAAGUGCCUGCACAUCACAUGCAAGGAUCUCGUAAGCGUGGUCCGAGCAGCUCCUGUGAACUGGGUUACGGAGAGAGGGAUGAUCAGAUGAACGAAUGCAACGCCGCCCUCGUCUUAAUGUCACUCAGCUGUUCUCCGAAUUCACCUCGACCCAGUGCUUGGGGAGGCCGUUCAUCAGUGUCUCCAGGUGCAAGCAGCAGCUCGGGGUCAUCAUGGAGGUCAGGAACACCGUCUCCACCUCCCGUCUCCUCCUCCUUCAGCGACGAAGGCAUCGCUAUGGACUACGAAGAUCUCCACCCGCGCAAAAAGAGGAUCAACAGUGUUGUAUUCGAAUGCACUUGGAGAGGUUGCGGUUACAUCACAAACACAUGCCUCAAAAUCGAAGCACACAUUCGUCAGUCGCACUUAGGACCAAAGAAGGAAGGCGAUCAUGAGGAGGAAUUCUACUACACGGAACGCGAGGUCGCCGCGCCCCCACCGACUCUAUCCCAUCGGGACAUGUGUCGGCCUCCGCACGAGGAUCCAGAUUACCAGCGACAGCUCGUGGGCUCAUACAGACAAGGUCUUCUGUCUACUCUGCAGAAUGGUGCAGCGAGACCUAUAAGCAUUCCCGUAACGCAUUCCUGGUCAAGCUCACAAUCACCGAAACAUCUAAAGAUCUCCGGCGUGAGCAGUUCCCCGGGAAGUCCCGGUCGCCGGCCCCGCUCCGACAACAAGAAAUGCCGCAAGGUCUACGGCAUGGACCAACGCGACCUCUGGUGCACUCAGUGCAAGUGGAAGAAGGCUUGCACGCGUUUUGGUGAUUAGCGCCUGAGACCUUCGCUCGCCUCAGUGCGCGCUGUGAUGAACUCUAAGUGAGCGUUUUGCCGCUAACAGCUACAUGCCGCUGUCUCUGCCGGCUGAAACAAUGACGAGUAUUCCUUAGCGAGGACUUUAACGUAUCCUGGACGUGAUGGUUCUAGGAUAUAAACGAAAAAAAUAUAUAUUGUUAGUUGAGUUUUUAUUAAAUUAUACGGAGUAAAUAUAUUAUUAAUAUUUUGAAUAGAUGUAAAGUUUAAGGGAGACAUAUUUUUUUUUCUCUACGAAUGUGACUCGGUAUUUUGACUGCAAAAUGGACAUUGCCCACGUAUUUUUGUAACGCGGUAGAAUUGCCUUUACCCGACACGCACAUAUAGUGUGUCGCUCUCGGUCAGAGACUGUGAAUAAUAGAAUUAAGAUACUAGGCUUAAGGUUAGACUGACACAAUGCGAGGCAGUGUGAAAACAAUUGUUAUCGGUAUAUAAGUUACGUGCGCUUACCUUGUAUUUUAAAUAUAGCAGUUGGAUUUAAGACACACUAUUUUUACCGGAUAAUAGCUUUUAAUGGACAAAAAUGAUGUGGUUGGACUACGGUGAGCAAAAAAAAAUAUAUUUAUCAACUAAAUUCUAUAGCAAAUAAAUUCCAUAUAUCCAGCCUUCAUCCUCCUAGUUUUGCUAUAACAUUAGUUAGUCUGUCGAUCACUAACGAUUCGAAACAUAUCUGUGAAUAAUCAUAAAUUAAACUCUAUUAAGCACACAAUAGCGUUCAAUAUAUUAUUUUUUGACAUAUCUAUAGAUAACUAUUGUAUGAACUUUUCGAUGUUAUUGUAAUGUAUUACGUGAUAAUAGAUGGAUAAUACAUAACUGUAUGUUAUCAACAUAAUAUAUAUUCUUCUAAAAUAUUAUUAAACGUAAUUUAACAAGCAAUAACUGUUGGAGGCUUCGUCGUUCGUAUAACAGUAUGGAGUCAGUGUAUUCCGUCCACGUCUUCGGGAGUGCUUUAUGUAGCUUUUUGCUAACAAUUAUUUUCACUCUGCCAUCGGAGAACGCUGAACGCGUAACACAUACUCGACUAGGUGUUAUAGCAUUCCAGUCGCGAUAAAUUAGUGAUGUACAUCACUUAUAUGUUUUGACUGAAUUAAUAGAUAAUAAUUAAUAAAAAAAAAACAUAUUGUAAUAAAUCGAUUAGUGCUGUAAGUUAUCUCAGAUUCGACUAAAAGACUACACAAAUUUAGACUUAAAAUUUUUAUGAACAUAUCUUUAUGGUAUACAAUGCUGGUCCUACGCGAACAAGGAGACAAUACUCAAUUUGAUGCAUCCAGCGCCGACGAGCUGAGCUAGGGUUGUCACCGACGGACAGUCGACUGGCAACCCUAUUGUAUAUGCCCUGGUUAUGACGAGAACUAAGGAUACGGAGGAAAUACCACCAGUGUGUGAACACGGACAUAUUGUGAUAAAAUUUGACAUAAUUCGACGAGAAGACACAAUGUUCAAAGUUUAUUAUAUCAAGGACUAGGAAGCUGUAAUGAUGUGAGGUGAUGAAGGGUCACCAAUAAGUUCCAGCCAUGGAAACCAGCGGGACAAGAUGUGAUGGUAAUUUAAGGACGGCGAUUGCAAUCUGCAAUAUUAUUUGUUAAGUAUUAUUAUAUAAUUAUAUUUGUAAAUAGAUAAAUAUAUUGAGAAUUAUAUUUAAUAUAUUAUAUAAUAUAAUUGAAACGUAUUUCGGAUAUGUACAUAAAAUAUUGCUGUAUUUACGGUUACUUAAAUUCGCUAUAAUUUUCUUUUCUUAUAGUUAUAUGUAUAUAACCUGUUAACGAUCAGCGCGGUAUUUCGAAGUUAAAGAUUUUAUUAUGUGACGAUUUUAUAUAUAAUUUUAUAUAUCGAUAACUCUUCUAAACGAUCCCCGGAUAUUAAAUUCGUCUGUGCCAAUUUUUUUUAAAUAUUAGUUCGCUGUGAAGUCUUAAUAACAGUUCGUUGACUCCGCACUGAAAAUGUUUGGUGCUGGUUCUCAAAGAAAACACAAUGCAGCCACAAAAUAAUUUUAAUAGUUAAAAUCUGUCUCAUAUAUAUUUUUUUUAACAAACAGCCGUUUUUCGUUCCUAAGAAAUUUUUUUCUUUCUUUUUGGUGCUAAAAAAAUAUUCUUUAAGUUAUGGAUGUAAACCAUUUUUAUUUACCGGAAAGAAAAAAAAUCUCCAUUAUCUUAAAACUUUAAAUAUCACAUAAACGCAAACACGCACGGAAAUUCGCUGUUUCGUCGUAAAAAUUUUGUUUCUAUAACAAAACGUAUGAUCGUCAUACUCAGUUGAAGUGACUUUUAAGUUGCAUAUCGUUUAAACAAAGUGUACCUGCGAUUAUUACCAAAUAUAUAUGUGAAUUAUAAUACUUCAUUGCAAUAAUGGUUGUGAUAAUACAUCAUUAUAAAGUGGUUGUAAGCAAUGAUACGGAAAUAUUUGACGCAACGAAACUCCGCGCUCGCCGAACUAAAUCACUUUAGAAUAAGGCUACAACAACUCAGCUAGCGAUUUGACAACUGCCAUAUUGUAAGGAGCUAGACGUAAUGCUAUAGAUUAUAAAGAAAUAAUUAGUGAAUAGUGAUAUUUUAAGUUGAAGUCAUAUUAUAGUAUUUAAUAAUUUUAAGUACAACAGAAAUUAUAUUAACUUCGUUAUGAGUAUGUUUUGACUAAAGCAUGCUUGUAAAGAAAUUCAAAUAUUUAGAAAAGCAUACAAGCCAGGAGGAACGUACCAAACAAAAGUAGCCUUAUUGCCGUAGAAAAAAAUUGUCCUCUCAUAUUAUCUAGUAUCUACGACAACUUCCACUACGUCGUCUAAAAUUACUAUGAAAUCUAUAUUUAAAUUCCUUAAAAUUAACAAUCAAGUUUCUUAAAUAGCUUUUAGGUUUUUUGUUUUUCUCGCAAUUAAAGUUUAUUUUUAUUGAAAACUAUGGAUGCCGUUAAAAUGUUUAUUUUUUGUAUUGCUUGCUUGCAUUUCAAUUAAGCAUCGGAUUGGUUCAUUUUCUUUGUAGGUACCAAAACAAUAUCGAAGUAUUGAAAUGCCAGCGUCGACUGGUUUUACGAACCAGCUGGGUUAAAUAAUAUAUAGAUCUCAAUUUAUUUUGAAGCUAUUAGAUUUAUGUCAAAGUAAUAUAUUAGUAGUACCGUUCUCUUAAUACUUUGAUAUGAAAUGUAUGAUUUAGUUUUUAGUUAAAGACAAUUUAACUUCGUGUAAGGAGUUCUGUACAUAGUUUAUAUUAAUUUAUUUAGCCAAAACUUUUGCUCAAUAAUGUAUACACUCAACACCAAAGUCAUAAUAAUAAAAAUAUGUAUCACGUCAGUACAAAAAGAAGCAUAAUCGAGGCGGUAUGUCUCUAGAGAAAAAUCUCAUUAACUUGCCGGAUAUACUUACCUACAUAAUAAAACACUUAUUAUAUUUUUUUUAUAUUAACAUCACAGUGGCAUUCAGACCUCUCCGUAUCUCAAUAAUAUCGGAGUGAUCUGACACAGGCCCUAGUCCAGUCUAAGUCUAUAAAGUUUUCAUUUUUAUCGGUUUAAGUGUUUUCAUUGAAAGAGUGUAUUUAUUUUAAGUAUUUUAUUAUAAUAAAUGUGCUGAUAUGUUUAUAUUUUAAUAUUGCAUCCGUCUACACGUAUAGUUAUGAUAAGGUAGAUAAUUUUUGUUAUUAGGAUAUAAUUAAAUGUACUUAGCUUAUGGGUACAAUAUUUAUUUUUCUAUCAUAAUGAUAUCAUGGAAAUUUUGUUCUCUAUAGAUCGGUAGAUUAAAAACAAAGCUACGCAAAUAGUAUAUUCUCUGUAAUAUUCAAUGACGUAAAUACAUUUCACUUCCAAUUCUUUUCAGAGGAGUCAAUUAAACAAAUUUAUCCUAAAUUUAAAUCAUUUUCAUAAUAUAUACUAAAACGCUUGUAAUGUGUCUUCGCUACAUGAUAAUCAUCUUAUUCUUAAUGGAGAUACAACCUGCCCAAUUGGAAGUGUUCUUGUAGUUUGUAGUGCCUAAUUCUAAAUGUGUAACUGAAUCUUUAUAAUUUGAUCCACUAUCAUGUAUAGAUUAAUAUAAGGAACGUAAAAUUGUACCACAUCAGUGUAUUAUUUUAAGAAUAUGAAGCGAAAUUAUCUAUAGAUUAUCUAUAAGUUGAAACCUUGUAAGCUUUGAACAUAUAUUGAUUGAAUAUAAUAUGUAUUUAGAUAUAUAAAAAUAUCUUUUGUAUUAAUUACACUACGAUGUAACGUUUAUAAAUAAUAUUGUAAUUAUUUUCUGUAUAAUAAUUAUGUUUUGAAUUUCAAAUUUUGAUUGGUAUUAAUUACUCCAAAACUAGAAUAGCAUUGUAUGUGGGCAAUUAAAUUUACGAAAAUAUGUCUCCUGUUCGAUAUAAGUAGGUAUGCUGUUCGUUAUAAGCACACUGUAAAAACUUUUUAACUCUGAAAAGAACUGUACGCAUUUUAAUAAUGGUAAUGUCGUUAGGAGAUUUCUUGUAAAUUUAUGAUCUAUUUGAUAACAGUGGAAGUAAACAUGUCACGUUGCAAAAUAUUUGAAAUGCGUUAUGGGUUCUCAAGUACUAGCCAAUUGAAUAGUUUUUUUUUUUUAACGUGGAUUAUUUCUUAACGUUCAGAAACUGUUGUUUAAUGAAUUGUCAGCAUUUUUAGAUGACCCUGGAUGUAUUGUUAUUUUAUUAUUGAAUUUUUUCGGCGAUAUAUAUAUAUAUAUUUAAGGUUGACGUAGCGUCUACAGAUCGGUUUCGUGGUUACCAUUAGUUUUAAGUAUAUUAAGUAAUGAUCAAUCGAAGGGUAUUGUUUGAAAUGUUUUACUCCGGAAUGAUAGACAUAUUUCCAUGUUGUCAAUAUCACAGCAGUUUGUACCGACACUGUCAGCUCUGUAUCGUAAAUUCUACAUAUAUAUUUUUUAAAAGUUAAACAUUUAUAUACGAAACAAAAAUAGUUUUUAAUUCCAAACGUAACCGAACCGGAUAAAUGAGUGUUAUGCAGAAACGCAUCGACUAGCUGGCAGUUGAUCUACUGUGAUAUUAAUAAUUCUAUUUAUUAACCUUCUAGACUAUUAUUUAUAAAUUUGAAUGUUGAAUAGAAGUGUUAUAUUGACAGACAUCGUGUUAGUUUAGGAAAUGUUAUUUUACACUGAACCUAUAGGAAAGGUCCAGGUUGUGUUCCAAAUUAUUGAUUUUUUUGAAUUUUAAAAUAUUAUAUUUGCGUUUUGUUUUUUUUUUUAUUAUAAUAUUGCAAUAAUAUCAUAUAUUAUGUAACGAUUAAUUAUCAUAUACAUUUUUUGUAAAUGUGAACAUCUUAAUAAUUGUGAUCAUCACAAUAUUUCACAUUUCGUGGAAUUAAUAUAUCAUACCUUGCACUUCGAGCUCUCUAAAAUGACAGGUGUUGCGGCUGAUGCGAUUAUUAUUAUGUUACAGAUUAAAAAUCAAUAUGUUUGACUGAAAAUUGUAAACCAUUCACAAUAAUAAUGCAAUUUUCUACAGUCUUUAGCAAAUUAGUUUUAUUUUAUCUACUUCAUAGACUAUGUGUCUGGAUUAUUAUACCUCAUUUAAUUUUAGAUUGAAUUUAUAUCUUGAAAAAAUAUAAAUGUCGAUUAUUAGUAAUAACUGUGCAUUAUUUCCCAGACCUUAAUCGAGAAUCUUUUUAAUAUAUUUAUUUAUCUACUUGGUGGUAUUGUGUAAAUAUAAUUCCUUUGUAUUAAAAACAUCACGACGUUGGUUUCUUAUUCGUGAAAUGUGUAAUGAUAAUUGUAUGGAACAACUCUUGACCUUAUAUUUAUUUGAUCAUGUUAUUAAUUGAUAUAUAUUUACAAAUAUAAACUUUAGAUUAAAA